AUGGAUAUUGGCAUCACUUCAUGCACGAACACUUCGGAUAUGAGUUCUUCGGUCAUGGUUCAAGACAUGAUUCUGGAGAUUCUCUCUCGUCUUCCGGCUUCGCAUGUUGGAAAAUUCAGGCUUCUGAACAAAGAUUGCAACAAGAGAAGCUACGAGUCUUGGUUUCUCAAUCUCAAUCUCCACAGAACCAAUUCUAUCUCCGGUUACUUCGUGCAAUACAACGAAGGAGGAUACAAAUUUCACACCCAUGAGAGGAAAGAUUCUGAAAACAACGGAGUCUCUAUCGAUUUUCUACCACCGGGAAAAGCAAAAAUCGUAGCUUGCGAUGCAAGUAAUGGGAUAUUGCUUUGUGUUAACGAAACAGGUCCGAGUGUGCCGGAGUACGUAGUCUGCAAACCAACAACGAAGCAGUAUCAUAUCAUACCGGAUUCAAUAAUGCAGACUUGCGCAGUCUCGUUCGGUUUAGCGGUAACCCAAUCGAACCCUUUCCGGUAUAAAAUACUCAGGCUCUCUAGGUUACCGGGAAUAUUGAAUCGGAGUCGUAGAACUUUCGUCUGCGAAAUCUUCGAUUCCGAUUCAUUUGUGUGGAAGAAAAUAAACAAUUUGCGUCUACCAAGAGAAGACGGUCUUAUUUAUUCAAACCCAGUAGAAGCUACUGGAUGCUUGCACUGGUUAUCGGGGGACGACAAAGUGAUUCGGUUCUGUCUCAAAACAGAAACUUGGUCGUUCUUUCAAACUCCGAAGUUCGGUGUUUAUCCAAAAUUGGUCAGAUACGAAGGGAAGUUAGGUGUUAUUCGUUCGUGGAUGACCGGUGACGGGGAACAGUUAAACCGGUUAUGGGUUUUGAGAAGCAGUUUUGAAAAGGCGUGGGUGAAAGUGAAAGAUAUGAAAAAUAUGGGCCUAGGAGAGAAGAUGUUGUGGACAUUAAGCAACGAAGAGAUAGGAAUAUCGAAAAGGGAUCGUUUUUGUUCCUUCAACAUAAACACGGAGAAGAUGAAUGUUUAUCAAGUGAAGACGGAAUAUGUCAAUUACGACUGUUUUCCGUUUUGUUCCGACUACGAGAGGGUUGAUCUGAAUGGAAGAAGAGAUGGGACAUUAAAUGCAAUUUAGUCAAAAGCCCAAUAAUGUCAAGGUACCGGAAAAGAAAUCCAUUUAUGUAUCUAAAAUAUGUGAUUUUUUUGUCAACUCUCAAUAUAUAAAUUAAAAUUUUGUAUUUACUAUGAUUUUUAUAAGUUUAUAUAACAUUUGACAAACCCCCUAAUGAAUAAAUUUUAGAAUAUGUAGGACAAAUCCAUGG